CUCCCCCACGCCUGUAAGGGCUGUGACAUUGCCGCGGCCACAAAGGAGGAGGUGGAGGUAGGGAUGGUGCUGGCAGAACAGGUGGCCCACGCCCUGCGCGGAAAGCCCGCGAGCGACCCGCACGGAAGCAGAAAAGUUAAUGCGGCAAGUCUGAGUGGCUUUGUGUGGUGAAAACACAAGGGGGACGAAGGGCGAGAACCGAGGCAGGGGACUCUCCCCGAGUGGAGCGCAGGCAGCUCGGCUCACAGAGUCAAGUUUGAAUCGCCUGCUGCCCUCUCCCCUCAGUCCUGCGGUUUGUCCCUUGCCCCUUCCAGACUCCAGAGUUCAUUGUAGCAUUCCGGGCCGACCACUGAAAUCCCCCUAGGCCCAUGUAGCAGCUCAAGUCCAGAGCCAGCCUUGUUAAAGCUAGGUGAUCAUCAAGGCAAGGAUUUAAAAGCAGAAUGGCAUGCUGUGUUUGUCGUGGAAGAAUCAUCAGAGAGGAAAUGUUGAAAAAGUCUGCUCAUAAUAAUCACUUCGAAAUUGCCACCAAACGACCAGUGUCACUCUUCCACCGAGGGCCUGAUUGCUGACCCCUCAUGUGAUAGACAAUAGACAUCAGAUACGCUAGGUAUCCAUAUAUUUAAUUUGAAAUUGUAGCUGUUCACAAGCAUCCUUGGUUUUAAGAGAUGGAGGAUAGUAAUUUAAUUUUACCACUUUUGUUAGAAUUGAGCCCCUUUAUUACCUUUUGUAACUGGGGGUGGGGGAACCUUUCAGGCUUAAGGUUUUUCUUGAGUAAGACUUUUUUUUCUAGUGGACUUAAUUAAAUAUUACUAAGUUUUAAAAACCUGACAAUAAAUUUUAUUUUCAGCAAAAGCUACGGUGUAAAUGAUUCAAUAUCUGUCCACAGUAUACCCUAAAUUAGCCAACAUUUUAGUCUGUGGGACCCCUUUGCACCUAUAAACAAAUUGUUGAGGGUCUCAGAAAUCCUUUGGGGGUGGACAUGCCAAUAUUUACUAUAUUAGAAGUAACAUUUUUUUUUCAGUUUAUUUAGAACUAGGAAUAAAGUGCCUGUUGGUAACAUGAAUUCAUUUUUAAUGAAAAAAAAAUAAACUUUUCUAGAACAAAGAAUUAGAGUAGCUUUGUUUUACACAUUAACAAUCUGUUUAAUUGUGCUUCAUAGGACAUAACUGUAUUCUUUCCUAUCUACAUCUCAUAUCUGCAUCUGCAUUCUCUUUGUUGUGAUUACAGGGCCUAGAGAACCAACUGUCCUUGUAAUAGUAAGAAGGCUAAAAAACAAUUGCUGUAAAAACAGUUCUAACCUCCUAAUCCUGUUCCCUACCACACAGUUUUAGGGACCCAAAAUUGCUCUUGUAAGCUAGCCACACUGUUUGCGGGAGGGAGAGGCAAAGGUCACAUUGCCAUGUGAUUUCUUUUCAUCUAUCCCAUUUGCCAUGGUCUACAUUUGUUACAAAACUUGAAGGCAAACAGGUAAGUUAGGUUAGUAAUGGCUCACAGGAUGGCCCCAGACAAGCAGCCAGAAAGGAUAGGUGGGGCAAAGUAGGGCAGGAGUUGGAUGAAGGUCUGAUAACAAUGGUUUUCUGCCCUUGUGGUCCUGUUACUGAGGUCUUCAGGCACAGGGUGAGGAAGACAGUGUGUUGGAAAAACCAAGUGCAUUUUUCCCUCUUGGUGCCUGUGUGACCAGUUCUUGGUGGUCAAUAAGUAGACCGUAUUUUGUGUUUGUUUACACUGUAUAUACUUACAUUGACCUGGAACUACCUAUUCCAUAACAAAUUGUGACUUUAGUGCCAUUCUUUUGUAUCCAUAUGUCUCUUUAUCUGCAGUAAUAUAUGAUCUACAAGGGAAAGGAGAUAAAGUGAAUAUAUUAAUUUUAUUUCAAAAAUGUUUGGAAAAGCAGACUAGGAAAGAACAGUGUUGUAUUUAGGGCUGUUAACUGUAUACAUUGCCAGCACUUAGUGCACCUGUUGGGAGAGCAGUGUAUUAUAAGCAAGGCAGAAGUCACAGAGGUUACUGAGAAACUCUUUAAAUUCUUUACAUUUUUUUUUCUUGCCAAAAAUAGUCUUUAUCUCUAAAUUUCAUUCAAUUUUAUUUCCUUGUACAGAGGUACUGUUUUUAGUACUCAAAGGAUUAUAUGUUAAAAUUGAUCUGAUCCUAUCCCAAAUAUUUAAUCCCAUUUUCCACAGAUAGUUUAUAGAUUAAAAUGCCAUCAAAUAAUAUCUUUAUUUGCUUCAUUGCCUAAAUGUGUCUUUCCUCACCACAGUGCAGUUUUGACACCAGCUUCGGCUUCCCAUUUUGUUGCCCUUCAUUGCAGAACUGCUCUGAUGGCUUUAAAACAGUUCUCUGCAAUUUUGGGCUCCAACAAAGAUGUUCUUAGGCUACCUAACUUCUAACUUUUAAUAUCCAGUCAACAAAGAAUACUACAAGGGUAGGUGUUGGGAUAGCUGUCGACAAGCUCAUGCGGGUGUGUCCACAGGGUAUAGCGUACUAUGCAGGAUAUUUGUACUGAGUGAAGUCAUGAUACAUUCCUCUGAGAGCCAUUAGCUGCUACAAAACAGUAACCUGGCUGUUUAGAUCAACAAGCUAAAUGAUAGAAGAUGGAAGUACUGGUUUCCAUGUAUUUUUAUUAAGUGUUGAUGAGAAGAGUUGUAAGUGACUUAUAGGUUACUCUGUACAUCUGUAGUCACUGAAUUCAGAAUACCUUAGAGUUUUACACACAAAGGUGAGUGUUAAAAUAUUGAUAAAGUAUUUGAUAAUCUUGUGUGAGACAUGUUCUAAUUUAGUUAUAUUUUAUUAUUUUUAUUAUAAGGCCUGCUGAAAAUGACUGAGUAUAAACUUGUGGUAGUUGGAGCUGGUGGCGUAGGCAAGAGUGCCUUGACGAUACAGCUAAUUCAGAAUCACUUUGUGGAUGAAUAUGAUCCUACGAUAGAGGACUCCUACAGGAAACAAGUAGUAAUUGAUGGAGAAACCUGUCUCUUGGAUAUUCUCGACACAGCAGGUCAAGAGGAGUACAGUGCAAUGAGGGACCAGUACAUGAGAACUGGGGAGGGCUUUCUUUGUGUAUUUGCCAUAAAUAAUACUAAAUCAUUUGAAGAUAUUCACCAUUAUAGAGAACAAAUUAAAAGAGUAAAGGACUCUGAAGAUGUGCCUAUGGUCCUGGUAGGGAAUAAGUGUGAUUUGCCUUCUAGAACAGUAGACACGAAACAGGCUCAGGAGUUAGCAAGGAGUUACGGGAUUCCGUUCAUUGAGACCUCAGCAAAGACAAGACAGAGAGUGGAGGAUGCUUUUUAUACAUUGGUGAGAGAGAUCCGACAGUACAGAUUGAAAAAAAUCAGCAAAGAAGAAAAGACUCCUGGCUGUGUGAAAAUUAAAAAAUGCGUUAUAAUGGGUGUUGAUGAUGCCUUCUAUACAUUAGUCCGGGAAAUUCGAAAACAUAAAGAAAAGAUGAGCAAAGAUGGGAAGAAGAAGAAGAAGAAGUCAAGGACAAGGUGUAUAGUUAUGUGAAUAGUUUGUACUCUUUCUUAAGGCACACUUAAGUGAAAGUGUGAUUUUUGUACAUUACACUAAAUUAUUAGCAUUUGUUUUAGCAUUACCUAAUCUUUUUUUUUUCUUCUUCUGUUCGUGCAAACUGUCAGCUUUUAUCUUAAAUGCUUAUUUUAAAAGAACAGUGGAAACCUUCUUUUUUCUAAGUGCCAGUAUUCCCUGGGUUUUGGACUUAAACUAGCAAUGCCUGUGGAAGAGACUAAAGACCUGAGACUCUGUCUUGGGAUUUGGUGCAUGCAGUUGAUUCCUUGCUAGUUCUCUUACCAACUGUGAGCACUGAUGUGAACCAGAAUAAUGAAGCUUCUGACCAUGCCUGCUCUGGGCUCCAUCUACUCACCAAAUGGAGUCAUUAGGCACGCAGCUUCACCUGAGACUGAGGGGUCGCAGACUUAGGCCUCCCUUUGAUUCACGUCCAGCAUGUCCUAGAGUUUAUCAUCCUUCAGAAGUGUAGGCAGACUGUUCACAAAGGCUUUCUCUAGCUUUCCACUGCUAUUAAUCUUGGUCACUCCCUCAAAUAGUAUAUUUUUUCUAGAAAAGGGGAAAAAUGGAAAAAAAAAAGGCAAUGGAAAAUGUUGAAAUCCAUUCAGUUUCCAUGUUAGCUAAAUUACUGUAAGAUUCCUAUAAUAGCUUUUCCUGGUAAGGCAGACCCAGUAUGAAAUAGUAAUAACCAUUUGGGCUAUAUUUACAUGCUACUAAAUUUUUGUAAUAAUUCAAACAACUUUAGCAUAUAUAAAAAGUUCUCAUAAGAAUUAAGUACAAUUCCCCUUUGUCAGAUUGUUCUUAUCCUAACUUUCAAGUCUUUUUUGAAUUUAUGUUGUUGAAAGUAGUUUUAAUGGUUGUGAAGCUGAAGAUGAUCUGAGACAGUUAUAGCUUGGCAGAUGUUGAGGAGACCAGAGUUGCAGGGUUGGGCCUUACAUGAACCUGUGAUGAACGCUACUGGGUUUUGUAGCACUGCUGCAUUCAAUGUUGGCCUACUGGGUUUUGUAGCACUGCUGCAUUCAAUGUUGGCCACGCAUUGUUUGGUCAACAUAGGGGAUGAGGAGAGUUUGAUGGCUUAGUAUAAUGCAUUCUCACCAUGUAACAGUCCUACUGACAAAUCAAGAAAUUUCUUUUGUUUAUAAUAAUAAAAAAUUUUUAAAAAUUUCGAUGUUCGCUUCAAGGUUGAGAUUUUGGGGUAGGAGGCUACAACAAGAGUAAAUCUUUAAGCAAUGUUUUAAAAAGGUUUGAAAAUGCAGGUUUGACUAGUCUCUCAACUCUAGCUGAACAAACAUUUCCUAAGUACUUCCCAAAUCUGAUAGGUAUUUAAAAUUAUCUAUCUAAUGCUUUAAGAAUAGAUAACAGGAAAAAAAUGUCUUCAGUGCACUUAAAGCAUCCUUUCCCAUAAUUGGAAAUGAGAUGGAAAUAUCACUGGACUAUGAGACUGGAUAUCUGUCUUUUAGAAGUCUGACUUUAAGCAAAUCACUGUCUGCUUGGUUUUGAAUCAUCUCAAAGUCAUUAACCUCCCAGCCGUGUAACAUAGUUUACAUGUUGACACACCUAGCUGUCAAGCUCAGCACAAUCUGUAACUGUUUUACAUGGAUUAACAUCUUCACUGCCAGUCUUGGGCAAAUUGUGCAAGAGGUAAAAUUUAUAUUUCAGUAUCCAUUCUCCCAUUUCAGGACUCCCCUCCAACAUUAUGCUGGCUUUCAGCCUGUCUCCCACAUGCCCAUCACUUAGUGUAGUUUUAAUAAUUUCCCCCACUUCAAAUUUUGUUUCCACUAUGGACAACUUCAUGAACUUUGCCCACUAAGGUAGGUACAUCAAAGCUGCCCUAUGGCUUUCUUCCCCAGGACUUAAAAUAACAGACACCUUAGUGGGAUUUGAAUUAAUAGAUGGUUUUCAGGGCCACUACAACAAUUCAAUCUCAAUCCUUUGGACUUCAUUCCUGCUGCCCAGCCCACUGGUGCCUCAGUAGGAAUUUUCAAAAUUAGUGUGAACAGACAGAACACAGUCCAGUGGAAGGUGAGCUUAAUCUUCAUCUAGCCAUCAUCCUGGUAAGUGAUAGAUUCUAUUGUUUUAAUAAAUACAGUCUAAAAAUGAAAAACACUUUGAAGUUUCAAUCAUAAAGCUCUCUUUUUAAAAAUUUUAUUUACUCAACAUUUAUUCAGUGCUUGUCAUAUUCUGGGAAUUACACUAGGCACUCAGGGUGCAGUGUCUUCAAGAAGAGAUACAAUCCUUGGCCAGUGGUACGUAGCGUGAUCUGUAAUACUACUAAAUAAGGCAUAUAGCAUAUGACUUAGACAUAAUGAAAUACAUGAUUUGAGUUUUGCAGAGAGGAGUUUAGGUUUAUACAUUUUUUCCCCCUCAGUUUAGCAAGAAUUGUUUGCUGUGAAUCCAAUGCAACUUUUAAAUCAAACUACUUUAUAUAAUUAUUUCAUUUUUCUAAAGGAACAGAAGUACCCUAAACUAUUUUUUUGAAAUGUUCUAAACUGUACAUAUUCAUAGAACAUUCUUUGGGUGGAUUUUAAGUCUUAAAAUGCAGUUAGUAAUACUAAUCAUUUCUAUUCAGAGGAACAGGUGUACUUCAAAAGCUGCAGUGUAUAAUCAGAUACUUUUAAUGUUUCUGGACAAUGUGUUAAAGAAGUGGUCAUAACCACUAUGUAAAUUUGAAUUGUGUUACACUUUGGUUAACAAAAGGGGAAAGAAUCCUAGAAACAAAUAUGCUAUCUAGUUACUGCAGCCUUAAAGUCCUUGUUGAAGUUGAAAAGCAAUGCUAAGUUACAGUCAUAGGCAUUAACAUGUUUAUGGGAAGAAUAUAGUAGGCAAAUACAAUUUGAGUAAAUAUUUUCAAUAGUGAAUUUUAGGCUCUACUGACUGAGUCACACUGCAUAGGAAUUUAGAUCUUAACUUUUAUAGGUUAUCGACCUUUGCCACCAUUGCACAAUUUUGUCCUAACAUACGUACAAGUUCUGUGAGGCAUGUCAAAAGUUACAGUUUGCACAGAGUCAUCUCAUUUUGUAUUCCACUGAUUUUCCAUUUUCCUCAAACAUACAUAUAUGCAACACACACACACACUCACACAUGAAGGGUUUUUUUUUUUUUUUGGUAGGCAGUAAAAAUUUAACUAAUUUCCAUUUGUUAAAAAGUAGUGAUUUCUUGAGAAUUAUGCAGUCAUCUUUUAAACCUAAAAGUUAUUUAAAGGUGAAUUUAUACUCAUAUGUGUAAUACUGGGUAGCAUGAAUUCUGCAUUGAAAAAUUGAACAGAUAAUACCAAUAGCUGUAAAUUCUGUCAAAACAUGAAAAUUAUUUCUAAAGAAGUACAUUAGUUUUCAAAGAACAGUUAUUAGAUUCAGAUUUGUGGUUUAGCUCAAUGAUUUGGAGUGCCUGUUUGGGAUGGUGGUGGGCAUUUUAGAUGAAUUUGGGAAAAAUAAAGUUCUGCCAGCUUCAGACCCCUAACCCGCUGAGUGGGCUGUGUGCUGUGUCAGCUCCAGUGCCCCAAUACCCCGUUUCAUGUCUUCAUGUUGAAACACUUCUGCAUUUUUAUUUGAGUGCCAAUUUCUUACUAGUGCUAUUUCUUAAUGUAACAUGUUUACCUGGGAUGUAUUUUAACUAUUUUUGUAUAGUGUAAACUGAAACAUGCACAUUUUGUACAUUGUGCUUGCCUUCCUUCCAUUCCUUUUCUUUCUGUUGUUUUGGUUUGUUUGUUUGUUUGUUUGUUUGUUUGUUUGUUAUGGGACAUAUGCAGUGUGAUCCAGUUGUUUUCCAUCCUUUGGUUGCGCUGACCUAGGGAAUGUUGGUCAUAUCAAACAUUAAAUUUAAAAGUGACCACUCUUAAUUAACUUUUAAAUGUUUAUAGGAGUACGUGCUGUGACGUGAUCUGAAAUUUGUAAUAUUUUUGUCAUGAACCGUACUGCUCCUAAUCAUUGUAAUGUAAUAAAAAUAGUUAUGGUGACUAUGAA